CGUCCUUGUAAACAUUUUAUUCCGAAUCAGGCAUGUCUGAAAAAUCAUAUUGCUAGCUGUCCACAUCGAAGUGAUGAGGAUGAGCGUUACGAAAUAAUUACGGAUUCGAAGUUGAUGUGUUGCGGUUGCGAAGAGCAGUUUGAUACGGAACAGAUGCUUUCUGAACAUCGAAGCAUUUAUCACCGGCAACCGUCGUCUUAUGGGGCUAAAACUAUGCUUUGUGAAUACUGUUUUAAAGCGUUCUACAAAAAGAAAAACUUGGAAACUCACCAAAAAAUUUACGGUCAGAAUAUAACGUACAAGUGCAAGCUUUAUUGCUGUGCAUUUCAGACUAGGGACAUAGCGAAGAUAAAAAGACAUGUUCUCGGCAGUUCUCAUACGUCGUCCGAUGGAGAAUCGAUAUUCAUUCGGGACUGGAAUGCAAACGAGUUCCCAUGCUGUGUUCGUCACUGUGAUGCGCUCUUUGAAUCAUACCUAAGCCUAAUGUCCCAUGCCUUGAUGAUGCACAACGAAAUUCGCGAAGAUAAUCUUAUCAAACACGCUAAGGCUGACUUUCUUUGUCCCGCUUGCCAAAAAGGAUACAAGACGCAGUUUCAGCUUCUGAAGCAUCAACACCGCCAACAGGUCGUCUGUACGGGCUGUGAAAAAUACUUCAGAAAGUCCGAAAUGAGCGAACACCUUGUACAGUGUCCGAUGAGAGUCAAGGUCAUCUGCGAUAAGUGUGGGAGAGAGUUCUCAGGGCCAAAGCUCUUGGACAGGCACAAGUAUACCGCUCACAAGGAGAGGGGUGAUGUGAAGGCAGAAGUGUGCAGCAUUUGUGGGAAGAUGGUUCUGCAGUUGAAAGCUCAUAUGGAUAUUCAUAACAACAAACGACCGUUCCAAUGCAAUAUUUGUCCGUUGAGCUUCAAGACAAGAAAUUUACGAAUGCUUCACCGUCGCGCACAUUCUGAUUAUCGAGCAUAUCCAUGUCGGCAAGGUUGCUCGAAAACCUACAAAAGUGCCGGAGAUAGAAAUCGUCACGAGAAGCUAGUGCACCUCAACAUCAAACCGUUUAGCUGUGAUGUUUGUCAGGAUUCAUUCAUACGGGACCGUGAUCUUCGGUUGCACCAGAGAAAACAUACGGGAAAGAAGCUGUACCCAUGCCCCAGCUGUGCGGCCAGUUACGAUAAGAUGUGUGAUCUUAAAGAGCAUAUUGUGCAGGGAUGCAAAUAAAUGACGCAUAUUUGUACGCUUAACAAUUGCGAAGAGACUUCAUGAUAAACUUAGUGAUUCUAGAAGCUAGUGUGUAUUCAUAUUGUUUAAUUUGUUGCGAUGAGUUCCCAGAGCUAACGAGCAAGACUCGUCGCGGCGCCUAAUCGAUCAUCCACAGCGGUGUGUAACGAAAUGUACAAAGGGCGCGUCACAUGGUCGAGGUUCCAUCAAAAUGCCCAUCAUCUAUAGAAGCUAGUUUUAAAUGACGCGCGGAUCGAUUAACAUUUCUAGAGUUUGUUUGUAAUUGUAAGGUGCCUUCCAGUAUUUUGCAAUGGUUGCAAACGUCAAUUAAGGUUAUGAACGUCUUUAUUGAAAUAAUUUGCGUUUUAACAUAAGUUUUUAAUGUUUUGUGAAAAUCGAAAUGUUUUAUUUUGGAGUUCUGAAACGAUCGAGAGCAUUGCACUUCAUUAUACCACAUUAUUGAAACAAAAUCGAGCAGACUUUGCUUUUUUGUAUUUAUAGAAAUACGUUUUUGAUAAACAACUGUUCCUUGUAUUUAUCAAAUAAAUGCUGCGCUAUCAUCUAUUA